AUGGAUUUGGGAGCCCCAAUUUCGCAUCAUUCAUGGGCCACUUCUGACCCUAUGAGGAUUGAUUCCUCUAUAGGCUCUAUUAAUGAUACGCCUUGCGAAAACUGCAAUUACCAACACCGCUGCGUUUGGCCAACAGGCUCGCUGAGUUGUCAUCGAUGCGCUACUCUCAAUUUAGCCUGCAGAAUAACACCCGAAAGGCAAUUAAACUCGCAACAGUUGAAUUCCCGGGACUGGCCCAGAGCUCCGAUGCAAAGAUCCACACCCGAAUAUGGUACAUCUAGUGCCUCUCCCGUAUCCGAAGAUCGAUUCGGGAGCCCGCAAACUGUGAAGACGACUUUUGCAACUCCGUCUCUUCCCGGCAGUUCGAAACGCCAAGGAACUUCGCAGCCCAGCGGAAAACGCGUUCCAGCGAGGGGAUGUAUUCCAACACUAGAUGCGCGACUUUCAAGGCUCGAGAACCUCUUAGGGGAGGCGUUGCCUAACGCUUCGCAAGUUUUAAAUCCGGGAAAGUAUCGGUCUGGUCUCGUCAACAAUCCCACAACGAUAGACCGAAGAUGGGAAUCGGAUCAUUCUCAGUUGUCUAUGACCGGUGCCCGAACCAGAAGAGUCUCUCAAGAGCCUCCGUUGCAACUUCCUGAAGACCCCCUUCUAGAUGGUGCCAUGGAAGAUGCCCUACUAGCAGGGCAGCCGAUCCACCAGCUUUAUUCUUGCGGAAGUUCAUCCGAUAUAACCAAGAAGGGAAACAUCACAACCGCUAGGUUGUUUUUGGAAUCGCACAAAAAAUGAAGCGAUAUGAUCCUCAUGAAGCCAAUCAUCAAGUUAAUCUUGAUGAAUCCACCAGUAUCGAACAAUUUCGCUCCACCAAACUCAAAGACCUCGCAUGAAUCAAGAUCAGUCAGGAGUAGUCCCGCAUGCACAUAAC